AUGUUGGUUCAUACGUUCCACACUAUAAAUCAACAGGACAGAAUUCAGAAAGCCUUUGAGCUAUGCCAUUCAGGUAACUUUAACCUAUCCCACCCCAGCCUAUCAAGCCGCCCACUAUGCCAAGUUCUUGAUGAGCUUCACCAAACCAUUCCUGAUCUUGCAAGAGCAAUCAUGGCACCGCGAAAGCGACCCUGCGACAUCAGCGGCAUCCACCCAUGUUCUGGUCCUGUCAUACAUGAGGGGUUCACAGAUACCCCAGAAGAUGAUGCUGAUGUGACAGUGGAGGAGGUGUUUGAAUCUGUGGCUGGUCAUGUGCCUGAUGGGGUUGAAGUCAACGGUGGCUUACAAACUGCACGGACUUGUGCUGAAGAAGCUGAGUCCGAUACUCUUGAUGGGACCACUGUAGUACCUCCUACAUCUAACCUUCAGAGCUGUGACCUUGGCCGUGGAAUGUGA